UUAUGACCGAUACUCGAUAAAUAUAGAUACAUCGCGAGACGCUAAGAAGAAAACGCUGCUGCUGGCAAGAAAUUAAUUAUUUGGCAAGUUAAUUGGCACACAUAAUUAGGCGUUCGCUUCCGCAGAAGAGAGCAGAGCGAAUGCUCUGAUUUAGAGUUGGUCUGCACUUCGGUUUCGAGGUAUAUCCUCCUGCCCUCGCCCCUUUUUGUUCGCAUUUGGAAUUGGAAUCGGAAUCGAUAUCGGACUUGGAUGGACCAGGGUCUGUAGUGGCCUGGCCAGAUUCGCCUGUCCAUAUGUCCACAAGCACGCCAGGCAGCCGUAGCCCGCCCCAGGCCGAAACUGGGAACGGGAGCGGCAAUUCGCCUAAUCCCAAAACUAGCCAAUCCACACUAUCACCAGACCAAGCAAAAACAAUGCCUGUAGGAUCGAUGUCGGGAUCAGAUGAAACGAAUGGAAAAAGUGGUUCUGCGAGUAGUAAUAUUAAGGAUAAUACAAUGGCAAGUGGAAAUACAAAUAUUUCCGGCUCGGCCGAUGGGACUGCGGCAAUGUCAUCGUCAGGAGCUGGGAGUGGAACGUCGGCACCAAUGCUAAGACAGAAUUCAUCGAGCAGCGUUAAUUCGAUGGCUGGACUAGCUGCUUCCCCAAACACUAAUGCCACCCCUAACGAGCAUUCAAAUCCAAAUCCCAUGGGUGAAACCGACAUGGCUCAGCAAGAGCAAGAGCUGGCAAAGAAGAUCUGUGCCAAUGAAGAAGACACGGCAGAGAAGACUGUGAAUAAAGCAAAGACUUCGAUUUCUGGAGCUGGAUCUGGAUCAACUUCGUGCACGGGAUCCGGAGCAUCCGUUGCUAUCAAAGAGGAACCGCCCGAUAUUCUAGGCGGCCUAGUGAAUUUAAAAAAGGAGGAUAAUCUGUCGCCAAAUAUGUCACCAGUGGGAUUUGGAUCGAUUGGUGGAACAUCUGGAUCGGCCCAGGACAGAUCAGUCACACCAGGUAAAGUGAAAAUGGAGGUAAUUCCCGGUAAUCCCAGCAGCGAAAAGACGCAAUUAACCAUGGGCCUGAGCAGUGAUGAUAUUGGCCUCGGCCAACUAGGAUCGGACAUGAUGAGUGAGUCCUCGAACAAUAGUAAUGCUCCAGUUCCAAGUGGCAAUGUAUCUGCAGGGGGACCUCAUGGACUGAAUGCGUCACACGGCCCCGGGCAGGGCUCGAUUCAAGUUCCACCAGGAGGUGGUCCAUCGGGAAACUUCAUGCCAUCGGGCUCUGGUUCUGGCUUGGGCAUGGGUAACUGUUUGGAUUACAUGCAGCAGCAAAAUCAUAUAUUUGUCUUCUCCACUCAACUGGCGAACAAAGGGGCUGAAUCGGUACUAAGCGGUCAAUUUCAGACUAUUAUUGCCUAUCACUGCACUCAACCAGCGACAAAGAGUUUUCUUGAGGACUUCUUCAUGAAAAACCCAAUGAAGAUGAAUAAGCUGCAGCGGCAAAACCCUCUGGGCAUGCCGUGGAUGGGAGGAGUUGGAGCCGGACCUGGAACAGGAGCAGGAGGAGCCGCAUCCAGCUGUACGUCUGGGCCUAAUAUGGGUUCAAAGAUCCUUCAGCAGCCGCAACAGAAACCACAAGGUGGCUCAGGACCGAAAUCACACUUUAAUCCAUCUGAUAACAAUAAACGGAACACAAUUGGAAAUGCUGCUCCUGGAUCGGGCGGCUCCUUCGCCGAUCAGAACGACCCUUUGGUAAAUGAGAAUGAUCUAAUGUGCUGGGAGGGCGGCAGCGGUAGCGGAAACGGUGGUCCCGGGAGCGGAGGAAAUCCAGCCAGUCGUAAUAAUCUCGAGGUUGGAAACGUUACGAAUGAGGCGCAGGCCAUGAAACUAUUAGAGGCAGCUGGCGUUGACAUAGGACAAGGACAUAGUCAAGGACAAGGACAGGGCAAGUGCAACGAUCUGGGUCUCGGCCUGUCCCAGCAUGACAGCAACAUCAUUUCCCUUCAGGGCGUCAAAGUGCCGGAUGAAAAUUUGACGCCGCAACAGCGACAGCAUCGAGAGGAGCAGUUGGCCAAACUCAAGAAGAUGAAUCAAUUUUUGUUUCCGGAGCACGAUAGUGGAGUUGGCGGCCAGAUGAUAGGAAUGCCUGGUGCGGGUGGUGUGGGUGGCGCAAUAAAUCCCCAAAUGCGACAAAUGCAUAUGAAGCAAGAGCACAUGACGGGGUCAGGACCGGGAUCAGGUCAAGGACCCGGCUCAGGCCCGGGAGCUGUGCCAGGAUUGGGUGACGAUGUGCUCCUUCCAGGAGACGUAAUGGCUGAAAUAGGAUCUGUUAUGUCGUGCAAUGGUCCAAAGAACAGCCUGCCCGGUGCAGGACCAGUAGUUGGAACAGGGGGAACGAUCAAUAGUAACAUGCCAGCUCCAAACGGCAAUUUGCUGGCAAAUUCACCACCCGACCUGCUAGGUCCGUUUGGGAACACGAGCUGCGGCGUGGGAAUCAUGGGACAGGGAGGACAGGGUCCAAACGCCGGAUCGGAUAUCCCCAAAGACGGCUCCAUGCCCCCGCAAGGUGGAAUGGCCCAGAUGGAAUGGUCGAAAAUUCAGCAACAGUUCUUCGAGGAGCGCCUUAAAGGGGGCAAGACUAGAUCGAUGGCGGGGCAGCAGCAACCUGGACCAGGCAGCAAUACGGCGAAUCAGGGACCCGCACAGGCCACCAAUGCACAAGGCAUGAGAGGGGCCAAUGUGCAAGGACCUCCUCCACCGUAUCAUCCCACUCAGCGAUCCGCCUCGGUACCGAUUGCCAUACAAUCGCCAAAUCCCUCCAGUCCCAACAAUCUGUCUCUGCCCUCUCCCCGCACUGCUGCAGCUGGGUUGGGACUACCAUCAAUUGCCUCGCCCAGCAUGGACUCCAGUAUGGGUCCGUCAUCAACAAACAACACAUCCACAUCUGGUCCUCCUAACGCCACAUCGAAAAACUGUUUUCAAACAGAUGCACCGUCCCCCUCGAAUCCGAAUUCGAAUCCAAAUCAAAUGCCGAACGCAAAUCGGAAUCGAAGUGGGGGCAGCACCGGACCCGUCAUGAAUCACAUGAACAGCAAUCCCAGUACACCACUCUCUCACAUGUCGCCCAAGGAGUUGGACAACUUUAACCAGCCCACAGCCAACGCAGGAGACAACAGCUUAAAGGGUGCACGGCCCAGCCCACAGCGCCCACGUUCCCCAGUUAACCACCUAAUUGAACCAGGCAAUAUGGAAGGGCGGUUUGCAUCAUCCAGUCCUGGUCUAAAUUUCAAUCCGCAUCCACAUAUGCAAAGCAAUGCGAACACUGCCAUGAAUGCCUAUAAAGGACCUGGACCGGGACAGGGACCGGUACCCAGUUCCAAUAUGCCGAUGGAGCGUCAAAACUCCGGUCCUGCUCAAUUUGGGCGACGAGCCGAUAAUAUGCCGUUGAAUCCGAAUGGUGGUCAGCGUCCACCACAAAAUAAGAUGGCACAGAACUUCGAUCCCAUUUCAUCGCUGGCCCAAAUGUCGCAACAGUUGACAAGUUGUGUGGGCAGUCCGGCCGGUGCCGGGGCAAUGAGUGGUAUGAUGGGUGGUGGUCCAGCUGGAUCGGUGGACAUGAACCUGGAGCAUGCAAUGCUGCCGGGGAUGGAGCCCACCGGCAUGGAUCCCAUGAACGCGCCCGGCAACUGCCAUCCGGGUAUGAAUCCUCUGAUGAAUUCAAUGGGUGGCCAACGAAUGAUGAAUCCGAAGAUGUGUCCCGGUGGUCAACCUGGCCAAUUUAAUCCAAAUGCUGCCAAUGGUGGAAUCCGUGAUGGCCUGGGCGCCGGGCCAGGUCCCGGGCCGGGUCCAGGGCCUGGACAAGGACCGAAUUUUCAUGGGAUCCUGCCACCCGGUGCUCGCAUGAUGGGACGCAUGCCGGUCAACUUUGGCCCGAACUUCAACCCAAAUAUACAGGUUAAGGCAAGUACACCGAACACCAUCCAGUACAUGCCGGUUCGGCCGCAGAAUAGCGGUGGAAACCCCGGUAACAACAAUAACGGCAACGGCAAUAAUGGAGGCGGAAACAUACGGAUGCCGCCGAGUCUGGAGUUUCUUCAGCGUUACGCUAAUCCCCAGAUGGCUGGCGGUGUGGGUGUUGGCCCCGAAUCAGGUGGCGGCGUCGGUGGCAUGAUGCAAGUUGGAGGCGGUGUCGGUCCCGGGCCAAUGAUGAUGAACUCGCCCAGUGAACAGCAACAAAACAAGAUGGUCAAUAACCCAGGUGCUGGGCCAGGAGGUGGUAACGGCAUGAAUUUCUUCCAAAAUUGCAACCAAGUGGGUGGAAUGGAGGAUGAGGUGUCGGGAGGACCAUUGGGAGUUGGCGGUGUUGGUUUGCCAGGACACGACAUGGGAAUGGUACCCGGAAUGGUUGGUCAGUCGCCCAUGAUUCGAGGCAUGCGUCCACAUGGCAUGCGACAGCACCCUGUGGGAAUGGGAAUGGGUCAGCGUCUUCAGGCACCUGUCGGUAUGAACAGGCAACAGGUGCAGCAAUUUCCCCAUGCUGGCACACCGGAUGGCCUAGAUUGCGGUGGUGAUCCGUCAGCCAUGUUCGGUGGAGCUCCUGGUCCUGGCUCAGCGAUGUUCGCUGCAUCUCAACAACAACAACAACAGCAACAACAACAACAACAACAACAACAACAACAACAACAACAACAACAACAACAACAACAACAACAGCAACAACAGCAGCAGCAACAGGGUGGCCAACCGAAACUCCAACAUAUGAAAUCAAUGCCAGGACAUGGACCCGGUCCAGGGCCUGGGCCUGGGCCUGGUCAGGGUCAGCCGAUUAUGGGUCCGAACAAUAAUAACAUGAACACUGGCGGCGGACCACCGAAUGGAGCAUCCGGUGUGAAUUUUGUUGGGCCAUCGUCCAACGAUCUGAAGUAUGCCCAGCAAUACCAUAGCUUCCAGCAGCAACUGUACGCCACAAAUACCCGGAGUCAGCAGCAGCAGCAUCAGCAGAUGCAGCAGCAGGGCAACAUGAUUGCUAUGCCCCCCAACUUGUCUCCCAAUCCAGCAUUCUUUGUGAAUAAGUAGAUACGACUGAUUCAGCCGAUCGAUCCCAAGGAGCAUCCCAAAAGAUCAAACGAGAUCAAAUCAAAUCAGAUCCGAUCACAACGCAUUGCUUUUUAAUCCGCAUACUUUAUAAAAUGCAUACAUACAUAUACGCAUACACACAUACAUAUACAUAUUUAUAUAUAUAUAUAAGUACAUGUGUUUUAGACAACCCAGCGCCUGCCACCGCCAUCGCCGCCGUCAAGCGGCCAUUUCAGGGCCCACUCGAUGGCGAUGGCCAUGGCAAGUAUGUACAAAUCCUUGAGAAAAUACCCAUUCAGUUUUCUAAUAAUCUGUAUAAUCUGUACGCUGCUCUCUGUGUUAAAUGCAAUUUAGCAAGUGUAUGUAAAAUAAUUUGCCUAACUUACCUAAUAUAUUAUAAUGAUUACGAUUACUAUAACUCUAAUCCACUCCCCACUCUAAUGUAACCAAUGUUAAGAUGACUGUACACGCGUGUAAAUUCUUCCAUUAAAACCCCCGAAAAUUAAUGCAA